CUCGCCUGGCUGGAGAGAAACUCCUGGAGGCUGCAAGCGAAGGGGGAGGGGGCGGGCGGGAGGGAGGGAGGGAGGGAGCCGGAGCGCCCCCCACACAGGCAGGCAGGCAGGCAGGCAGGCAGGAGGCAGGCGCGCGCAUUGGGCGGGCAGGCGAGUGCGCCCUGGCAGCGGCCGCGGCGGCGACUUGGUCCUUGCAAUCGGUCUCAAAGCCGAUUACCGCUGAUCCCCCCACGUGAUAGUUCCCCUUCUGGCGCCCGCUGGGCUGGGCUGGGCUGGGCUGGGCUGGGCUGGGGACGGGCCUCGGGGGCCGAAACCUGGAGCGGCCGGGCUCGGCGACAACCUGCCAAAAAGCGCGCCUCGAAGAACUUUUCCGGCGCGCAUCCUUCGGGAGGAGGCAGCCAGCCAGGCAUGUGCCCGGCGCCAAAGGGACGGCUGAGGAGCCCGGAGCCCGUCGAGGUCAAAGCGGGGGACGCCAGCGGCGAUCCCGGGCGGCAGUAGCGCCCGCAGGGCAGAGCAGAGCAGAGCGCCAGCCAGGGCUCCUCAGCGGCGCGACACAGCCGACAGCGACCGCCUCGCCCUCGCCUCCGCGCUCAUGAGGCGCUGCUGCUGUUCGCCGACGGGCGCCCGUUGAGGGAAGGGGGACAGCGGGACGUCGGGGACCCGGGUGGGCGCCGCCAACUCGGGAGGCACCAUGCAGAAGAGCGUGCGCUACAACGAGGGCCAUGCUUUGUACCUGGCCCUGCUGGCCCGCAAGGAAGGCACCAAGCGCGGCUACCUGAGCAAGAAGACGGCGGAGACGAGCCGCUGGCAUGAGAAGUGGUUCGCGCUCUACCAGAACAUGCUCUUCUACUUCGAGAGCGAGCAGAGCGCUCGGCCCGCCGGCGUCUACAUGCUGGAAGGCUGCACCUGCGAGAGGGCGCCCGCACCCAAGGGCGCCUCUGUCGGGAGCGCCAAAGACGCGGCGCUGGACAAACAGACAUAUUUUACUGUCCUGUUUGGCCAUGAAGGGCAGAAGCCACUUGAGCUCCGUUGUGAGGAGGAAGUCGAUGGAGACGAGUGGGUAGAGGCUAUUCACCAAGCUAGCUACUCGGAUAUUCUGAUUGAGAGGGAAGUAUUAAUGCAAAAAUAUAUUCAUCUAGUUCAGAUUGUAGAGACUGAAAAGAUUUCGGCCAAUCAGCUAAGACAUCAGCUAGAAGACCAAGACACAGAAAUUGAAAGGCUUAAAUCAGAGAUUAUAGCUCUGAAUAAGACGAAAGAACGAAUGCGACCUUAUCAAAGCAACCAAGAAGAAGAUGAUCCUGAUAUUAAAAAAAUUAAAAAGGUUCAAAGUUUUAUGCGAGGUUGGUUGUGUAGAAGAAAAUGGAAGACGAUUGUCCAAGAUUACAUUUGCUCUCCACACGCAGAAAGUAUGCGGAAGAGAAACCAGAUAGUUUUUAACAUGGUCGAGGCUGAAUCUGAAUAUGUGCAUCAGCUUUACAUCCUUGUGAAUUGUUUCCUAAGGCCAUUAAGGAUGGCUGCAAGUUCAAAGAAACCUCCAAUUAGUCAUGAUGAUGUCAGUAGUGUAUUCCUCAAUAGUGAAACUAUAAUGUUUCUUCAUGAAAUCUUUCAUCAAGGAUUAAAAGCAAGAAUAGCAAAUUGGCCUACUUUAAUUCUAGCUGAUUUAUUUGAUAUUCUUCUACCCAUGCUGAAUAUUUAUCAAGAAUUUGUUCGGAAUCACCAGUAUAGUCUCCAAGUUCUUGCAAACUGUAAGCAGAACAGAGAUUUUGACAAACUCUUGAAGCAAUAUGAAGCCAACCCUGCUUGUGAAGGACGGAUGCUUGAGACAUUUCUGACAUACCCCAUGUUUCAGAUUCCUAGAUAUAUUAUAACCUUACAUGAACUUCUGGCUCACACGCCACACGAACAUGUGGAGAGGAAGAGUCUUGAAUUUGCUAAAUCAAAACUAGAAGAACUUUCAAGAGUGAUGCACGAUGAAGUGAGCGAGACAGAAAACAUACGAAAAAAUCUUGCAAUAGAAAGAAUGAUAGUGGAGGGUUGUGAUAUAUUAUUGGACACAAGUCAGACUUUUAUACGACAAGGUACUCUUAUUCAAGUCCCUUCAGUUGAGAGGGGAAAACUUAGUAAAGUUCGUCUGGGAUCUUUGUCUUUGAAAAAAGAAGGUGAAAGACAAUGUUUUUUAUUUACAAAACACUUUUUAAUUUGUACAAGGAGCUCUGGAGGAAAGCUGCACCUGCUUAAGGCAGGAGGUGUUCUCUCGUUAAUAGAAUGCACACUAAUUGAGGAAACUGAUAUGAAUGAUGAUGACUCAAAAGGGACUGGACAAGUGUUUGGACAUCUUGAUUUCAAGAUUGUGGUAGAACCACCUGAUGCUCCUCCUUUCACUGUUGUCCUGUUAGCCCCUUCACGGCAGGAAAAAGCAGCGUGGACAAGUGACAUUAGCCAGUGUAUUGACAACAUAAGGUGCAAUGGUUUAAUGACCAUAGUAUUUGAAGAAAACUCCAAAGUAACUGUGCCACAUAUGAUCAAAUCUGAUGCACGCCUUCACAGAGAUGAUGUUGACAUUUGCUUCAGCAAAACAUUAAAUUCCUGCAAAGUGCCCCAGAUACGUUAUGCAAGUGUAGAACGACUUUUGGAAAGAUUAACUGACUUGCGAUUUCUCAGUAUUGAUUUUCUUAACACUUUCCUACAUACUUAUCGCAUAUUUACUACUGCUGCAGUUGUACUGGAGAAACUUGCAGAUAUAUACAAAAGGCCUUUGAGCUCAAUCCCUGUUCGGUCUUUGGAGUUGUUUUUUGCUACUAAUCAAAACAACAGAGGAGACCAUCUGACUGAUGCCAAAUCACCCCAUCUUUGCCGCAAAUUCUCUUCCCCUCCACCUCUGUCUCUCUCUAGAACUUCCUCUCCUGUCAGAACCAGAAAACUGUCAUUAAGUUCUCCACUGAAUUCACGAAUAGGAGCGUUAGAUCUAUCAACUUCUUCCCUUGCUAGUAGCCCUACCUCAACAUAUAGCCCUGCGACAUCACCACCACCUACAUCUUCUAAAGUACCACUGGAUCUUAGCAAAGGCCCUUCAUCUCCAGAACAAAGUCCAGGCUUUGCAGAAGAAAAUUCAGAGAAUCCACGCAUUGAGCUGUGCAACAAACUAAGGAGGAGCAUUCGAAGAGCAGCGGUUCUAGAGUCUGUGUCAGUGGACCGCACAAUCCCAGAAAGUGCCUCAACCGUGGAUACACCAGAACUUUCCCCCUGUAGAUCUCCUUCAACUCCACGGCAUCUACGUUAUCGACCACCAGGAGUACAGACCACUGACAACAGUCAUUGUUCUGUUUCCCCUGCAUCUGCUUUUGCUAUUGCUACAGCUGCAGCUGGGCACGGAAGUCCACCAGGAUUUAAUAACACUGAAAGAACAUGUGAUAAAGAGUUCAUAAUACGCCGAGCAGCCACCAAUCGUGUUCUGAAUGUCCUUCGCCACUGGGUCUCAAAACAUUCUCAGGAUUUUGAGCUAUAUAAUGAACUGAAAAUGAAUGUUCUAAAUCUUCUAGAGGAAGUUUUGAGAGACCCUGACCUUUUGCCACAAGAAAGAAAGGCCACAGCAAAUAUACUGAGGGCACUUUCUCAAGAGGAUCAAGAUGACACUCACUUAAAAAUGGAGGAUAUAUUGCAGAUGUUAGAAAGUCCCAAACCGGAAUGCUUUGAAACUUUAUCAGCCAUGGAGCUUGCUGAACAAAUAACACUCUUGGAUCAUAUUGUUUUCAGAAGCAUACCCUACGAAGAGUUUCUUGGGCAAGGCUGGAUGAAAUUGGAUAAAAAUGAAAGGACACCUUAUAUUAUGAAAACCAGCCAGCACUUUAACGAUAUGAGCAACCUUGUAGCCUCCCAAAUUAUGAAUUAUACAGAUGUUGGUUCACGCGCUAAUGCAAUUGAGAAAUGGGUGGCCGUGGCAGACAUCUGCCGAUGUUUGCACAACUAUAAUGGUGUGCUUGAAAUCACGUCAGCCUUGAACAGAAGUGCAGUCUACAGACUGAAGAAAACCUGGGCUAAGAUUUCUAAACAGACUAAAGCUCUUAUGGAUAAGCUUCAGAAGACUGUUUCAUCUGAGGGAAGAUUUAAAAAUCUCAGAGAAACACUCAAGAAUUGUAAUCCCCCCUCAGUGCCGUAUCUGGGGAUGUACUUGACAGACUUGGCAUUUAUUGAAGAAGGAACACCCAACUUUACGGAAGAAGGCCUUGUUAAUUUUUCCAAAAUGCGAAUGAUAUCACAUAUUAUCAGGGAGAUACGCCAGUUUCAGCAGACAUCCUAUCGCAUAGAACAUCAGCAAAAGGUCACUCAGUACUUACUUGACAAGAGUCUCAUCAUAGAUGAAGAUACCUUGUAUGAACUAUCCCUAAAAAUUGAACCCAGAUUGCCUGCUUGAAAAGACAGCAUUGUCCUUCAGCCUAUCGAGAACUUUGGUGUAAUGGAAACAUUGUGCAUGGCAUGCCCCUACAGAAUGCGAGGGGAGAAAGCUGAGAAUUCAAGUUCCCUUUUCUAUUAAGGGACUCAGAACCUCACAGAGAUUCCUUUUCAGGCAAGGAGAAGCAGCAGAUGGAAGAGAAAGACAAAAUGCCAGAAAUAUAGGUUAAAUGUUGUUUUGCAAAGGUAAUAUUUCAUUUAAAAGGGACAGUGGAGCUAAUGAAGAACAGAAGCGUUGGCAGGGGAAUAAUCAUACUGAUUGAGGCAAUGAGGUGGACAAAAGGAAACGUAGGUACUAUGUUCCAUUAUACUUCAGUAAAUGGAAAAUGGCCAUGUAAAAAAAAAAGAUGUACAUUGAGCAUGCAAACAUCUAAGGCUUUGAUCCAUCUGCAUUUCAUUAUGUCUAUUGCAAACAACAGGAUUUAAGAACAAUAUAUUAAUCUGUAAUAUCAAAAGAAUAACAUUUAGCACUCUCAUGUCAAUUGCAUUGGCUGCUUAAACUAUUCUUUUUUAAUUUUAAUUUUUUUCCCAAAAAAUUGAUAAAAGGUUGGGAAAAAGAAGUAUAUUAAAAACCAAUUUAAUACUGUAAAUACACUUCUUCUUCUCUGGAAAUAUGGUGAUGCAGAUUUCUAAACCAUCUUGCACAGUUUCCACGUAUUAAAAACUUAGUUGGGAAUACAGUGCAGCCCCAAAACUCUUGAUUUCAGUAGACUUAGAAAUUUGUAACUCUUCUUUAGUGUUGCACUUUCAGUGUAAUAACUUGCAUUGGUUAGUAAAAAAUGGCCCUAUCACAGAUGAAUUGCCUAGAUAUUUUACACUUUAUUUUUGCAGAUGCUGAAGCUCUUCUUACAGCUGUCAUUAUAUACUGAAUGCAGAACCUUUGUGUGGUUUUAGCUCAUUUUGUUGAGCGCCCACCUGAACAGACUUCCUUGAGUCACUUUAUGAAGGACAGCUCCAAGUAAAUAUAAUGGCACAAGUGGGGGCCUGUGAAACUCACAUGGGGGCAGAUGCGCAGAGAAUUCUUUUUUAUUUGGGGGGAUUUAAACCCCUUUUAUAAAGUCUUCAGAUUUUUCUGCAAACUUGGAGAGUAUCCCAAGUUGAAGAAACAUUUUUGAGGUAACAUGCUCGAAGAAACAUGUUUGAGGUUGUGCCCCCUUCUGUGCAUUUCUGUGCAUUUAAGUAUCUACAGAUGGGGGCACAGUUGGGAAUUAAACACAUGGAUGUUCACUGAGCUUCCCCUCUUUCAAAGCAAAUGACAAAACCCUUGCAGAUGGGGAAGAGCUAUAUGUGUUAUCAUAGCUCCAGUACCCAUAAGGAAUAGAUAGACCAGGGUAAUAGUAUGAACUAGAUUCAUGUUAGAUUCUCAUAUCCUGUACAGCUGGGUUUGAAUAUUUAUAGUGCAAGCCUAGUAUCUAUUCUCAGAGUAAGUCUCAUUGAGGUCAAUGAGACUUACUCCUUAGUAAGUAUGCUUAAGAUUGCAGACAUGAUGUUUGUCAGUAGGAUUACAUUAAUAAAUUGCCACUGUUAGUUUGUGACCACUGCCCAUUUCUCUGUGCAUUUAUGAAUCUCACAUAUCAGUGUGCUAAACUGUGACCAACAUAUUUAUCUAUCUGUACUAAUAUGUUGCCAUAAAUAUAAUAACUGAAGCCAACUGUGUUCUGUAACCCUGUAGCCUGGCAUGGGUGCUAUGACUCUGAUGUGCAAAUGGAACUCUGAAUGAAAUGGGACUUGCCUAUUCUCUUGGAAUGCAUGUAAAGAGACUAGCUGCAUGCUUGAACUGUUGUUCACAUACACCCAAAUGUUGAGGAAUUUUAGACUACACUGGUAGUCAUGUAGGAACCACUGUUAUUCUGUUAAAACUAUGUUGCGAAGGGCACUUCAUAAAUCACACCUUGGCAGCAGUAUUUCUGAAUACAGAAAGAGCAGAUUUUAAACUGAGAAUUGCUGUUUAUAAAGCACUAAAUUAUCAGUCCCAUAUUUUCAUUGAAAACAAUCUCCUUUUGAAAUAGAAGGCAUCCUAAUCUAUCUACUGAAUAUUGUAUUUUAAAGAAAAUGAAGCAUUUUAAGUCACACUGAUUUCAGUGGGCAGAAUAUACUUUAGUCUUUGCCUCUUAGGAUUUAGCUUCUGUCACUGUGGGAUCCAGAUCAAAUCCUCUUAUUUAAACAAUGUAUGGUGCUUCCUGUGGUUUCCUUGAUAAAGAACUUCCUGAAGUUGCAUGGAAAAUGACCACAGUUAAGUACACAAUUCAGAUAUUAGCACUGUUGUAUAUCUAGGCUGGAAAAAUGUCUUUUCUUUUCCAAUGACUAUCAGCCAGAUGACUAUUUACCUCCCUUAAAUCCUGUCAGAGAGUCUGACUGCAUAUUUGAGCCAGUGUUUCUUACCAAAGUCACCAAGCUGCUAAAUCCUAUCAAUGGAAGAUAGAUCUGCCUGUUGUUUGGUUUUUUGUCUUUAUUUGCACUUUAAUUAUAUUGCCAACCCAAAAACUGAACAAUAAAUUCAAUAUUUUGUCUAACUAUAAAUUCCUACACUCAUAAGUUUAUCUGUUCAGUAGUAAGUUUAAUCAUUUUCUUCAUACCGAGGGCUGUUUUGAUAGAUAAUUGCAUGACUAAACGUUAAAAAAAAAAGUCUUGGGAACAUUUUCAGUCAGUAAAAAACAAAACAAAAACAGAAUGAGAGAACUCCAGAGGCAUGUUUAAAUGGUUUUGGUAAAUGAAUGUGAUAAAAGUGAGUAUGAAUAUUAUUUAUGUUAUUUAUAGAUGCCUUUUUUAAAAAAACCUGCUUGUUCUUUUUAUCAGUGACCAACAAAAAGUUGACUGCAUCCUGAUGCAUGAUAACUGAAGCAUGGGUUACGUGGACCAAACAGUUAAUUUACUGCAUAUUUUCAUUGUGUUCACAUUAUUUUUAAAAUGCUAGUUAUUUAAAAGUACCCUGACCACAAAGAAAAUACCCUUUGUUUAUGCAUUUUUAGUGUGUAUGUUCUAUUUUGAUACCAUUAAUCUGCCUCAAAAUCCUAUCUAACAACCAUAAGAGGUCCUUCCAUGGGCAUUAUAUGUGAUGUAUAGCAGUUGAUUAUUUUUAAUUUCCUUUACUUGUAUUUUAUUUUACAGUAGCAACUUUGUACCUAGGGAGACCUUUCUGUUCCUGUUGUAUGUGUACAGAAGGUGCAGUUAUCUGUAUUAUUCUACUGUUACACAACCUCCAUUAAAAUACGGAUGAGCUGUACUGAUGGGGAUUUCCUGUCAAUAUCCCAAUUUCUUAGUUUAGAAACCUGUUCUCAUCUCAACCUAGCAGCAGCAUUCUGGACAGAUGCUUUCAAACACAUUUUUGUUGUGGCACAGAUGUGAAAAGCUGCAAAAGCUGCAAAACUGAAAAAUACUGGCACUAGCUGCUAAACUGGUGAGCAGCCACACUCUUGCAUUGCUUUGUAAGAAGGGUAUAGGCUGCCAUGAGAGUUUUGAUGGUCUUAUGAUGAUUGAUGAUUUUUAGUCAUUUAAUUUUUUUUUCAGAUGCACUGUCUUCCAUACUGUUGUAUCCCUUGACGUAUAGCUAAGUAGAGUGGGUUUGUGAAGUACCUGUGCCAUUGCUAAUGAUCAGCAACAGAAUUUCUAUCAUGUUUGUUCCUUUCCUUAACUUUUAAAACAUUUUCUAACUUGAAUUCCUCUGCAAUACUGUUUUAACAUUAAAACAUUAAGAAUUCCAAGCAGGCCUACCCCUUUCGUUCCAAAGCAAAUUUCAUUAACUUCAAUCCUGUUCAGAGUUAGACUUAUUUGAGACCAACUAUAAAACUGUUGGGCUUAAGCAUGCCUAACUCUUUGUUGGACUGUGGCCUUCAUGUGCUUGAGCUUCCUGAAUCUUGUAUUGCUAGUGGCUUUAUGUCUCUCCCCCACCCCUGCUGCCCCAUGUUUUACUUUUGGUUAUUUCAUUACAUCCUGGUAAAGUAGGAGAUUAUAGGUUGGUUCUAAAGGUCCCUUUCAGCUCAUGAAAGGAUUUUUCUAUUCAUGAAGGACUUUUUCUUCCUUAAACAGAAGACUCUUCCUGUGAACAGCCAAGAUAUUUUGUCAACCCGGAGCAUUGGGAAUAGUUACCCACAGUGCCAAUGUGACUUGGCUUGAACCUAGCCAGAAAACAAAGCUCUAGGAGCAAGCUAAUCAACACAGGUAUUAGCCUCCUUGCACUUCUGUAAAGCAAUGGGUUCCCUGGAAGCAAGCCAUGCACCUGUGGUGCCAGAUGUGUUCCCUUGAUUUUUCUGCUCCAAACAGCCACUUGAGUAGUUUGUCAGAGAGUCAUCCCCCUGUGCAGAAGGGCACCUUUGGAGCAACAUUUGAUAUAUUGAGGCAUUUACUAAAAUGUAAUGAGCCGACAGCUUUGGCCUGUAUUGUGAUGAUAUUUUGAAAUGCUGUGACUUUGUAUUGUUGGUAGGCAAUGUGCCAUUAUGCAAAUUAAACAUUUUCUUCUCCAAAGUU